CCAACUGCAGCUUUAACUAUGGGACGUGACAGCAGUGAAUUUAAACUAAAGUUAGUAUAAACUGGAGACCUUCUGCAGCCAGGAAUCCUUGAAGAUCUCAACAGCAGGUUGGUCACCUUUCUCUGAAUGUUAAGGACUUUUUGACUCCAAUCACCAGUACUACCACCACCACCAACACUGCACACAUGCCCACUGAAAGAUAAUUCAACCACUUUGUUAACUUUGUUGAUCUUGUCCUUCCCACCUCAGUACUUUUUGGGAGGUCGGCAAUGACAAGGAGGGGGGAAAGUCUGUUAACAGGAAAAAGCAAGUUGGAAGAGAUGAGAUGCAGCCAUGUCAUCAUCCAAAGAGAUUUGAUGAGUAUUAUCAGGUGCUAUGUAAAGAGGAGGUGUCUGGACGCUGCUACUGCCAUCCAUCCCGUCACAUCCAUAACGCCAACUAAAUACCAUGGCAUUGUGUUGGUGUUAUGGAUGUGACAGUUUUGCGCGGAACUUCCCUACAACUCUCAUGGUUGGGGAAGCACAUUAGCAUUUUAUUUGUAUUGCAAAAGAUUUGUAGUUGAAUGCGUCCACUUUGGCUAGUGGUAUGACUGAGCAAUUACAAUGACUCUUGACUACUAUAAAAUAUCUCCACUAGAUGGCACCACGACAGGUGACCUAUGCAGCUGACUACCUGAUCCGGGGCAUUUAGAAAACCUAGACGCGGACGCAACCAUGAACGCAAAAACCCAACACCAACCCCACAUUUCACUAUAGCACAACGUAACACAUUACCUCUUUCAGUGUGAAACAGGCCUAACUGAAGGACAUUGGAAAGUCCCAAAGAUGCAUUACAGCCGACCAACUCUUGUUUUGAACUGGCAGAAGAACAGAGAAGCAGAGCCUAAAGACUAUGAUCUCACAACAUGCCCAGAGGGAAAGAAAUACCUUCAUAAAUCCACAUAUAAACAUUUUGGGACAUGCAAAGAUGCAGACUGGAGCACCACAACAGAAACCCAGAUGUCUCAGUAUCAGCUAAAGAAAAUGUGUGAAACCGAGACCAGAGCAUUGAUGCCAGCAGUGCACCACCACACUGCGAGGAUGGACAGUACAACUGGAUCAGUGGGAACACAGUACAAUAUUGUCUUACCUCGACACCCCCCUGGCCAUAACAAAAUGGACUUUGAGACCACGUACACGCUGGAUUAUCCCCCUCCACUCAAUCUCAGGCAGGAGGUGGUGGGGACGGAGGACGCAGAAGAGCGGCCGUCCGACUUCCGCAGGCGUCAGUCCGAGUUCACAGACCUGGCAGGCCACAAGCGCAGCAGCAGGAACACUUGGCAGGACGACGUCGGAGAGCAAGGAAGGUUCAGGGUCAGAAACAAGCACCGGCAGGACACACACAGCAACAACCUUUUCUGCCCACACAGCGCUCAGUAAUACAUGGAUUAGGUCCUAGCUCUGUUGCUGUGCCUUAUUUUCCUCUCUGGCGUGUAUGCUGUGGUAAUGAAGCAAAAUCUCUCAAAACAAAGCUUUGUUGUCAAUUCAUUAGACUUAAAGUGUAUUAAUAAAAUCAUUGAUCAAGCAAUAACAAACCUUUA